AUGGGUACAAUAACAGUAGACAUAUGGAGAAAAUGUAGUGGAAAGUGUAAGUGUUCAGGAAUAAGUCGUAUCCAUGUGAUCGCCAAAGCAGGAGAUGUAGCAUCUACGGGUUAUGGGUUUUCUACCCAUGCAGCUACUGAAGGUAACACACUCAAAACAAGUUGGAAAGGCAAUGAACUUGAAAGAACGAAUGGAAUCCGUGAGUCAUUUAGAGAUCUAAACUCCAUAACUACUUACUAUCAUACAAAAUAUGAUGGUCUACAUGGUUUUAUAAAUAGACCUCUUCUCGUAAGGGUUAAAAGAUCUCCUAAUAAGGUCUACUGGUAUGAGAAUGCAGGUCACUAUCUCAAUGUUAAGUGGAGGAGGAUUAAUGAUACGAAUAAUUAUCCUGAAGAAAACAGCUAUAUCAUAAUUGAUAAUUUCAAGGACAAACUCGAUACAUUAGCAUGUGAUUUGUACGGGUUACAUGGAAUAUAUAUAGAUUAUGAUGCGAGAUACAACUUUAAAUGUGAGUUGUGCUCUAAGGAGUUGAAUGUAAACGUUAGGUUAGAAAGCAUUAGUCAAAGUUUUACCAAAUACAAAAGGUACAAGUAUGAAAAUCUUGAAAAUGCUUCAGUACUUGUGUAUAAGGGAAAUAAACUUAAAUAUCUUAAACAACCAAGGUAUGCAAAAGCGUACUAUCAUCAAAUUCCAGUUGAUGAGGAUAACUAUAGUUACAUAGGAGUCUACUACUGGGAUGCUGAUAAUGAUCGCAAUAAUCCCCUUAUGGUAGAGAUUGCAACAAUUUCUGGAGUAACAUUCUGGUUUGAGAAUAUCAGUAAACCUGACAAAGAAGGGAAUCUGAGGCAUGAUAAGUGGAGGUUAUUACCUUUCAAGGAUAACAAUCUUCCAAAUUUUCAUGAAAGGCUCAAUGCUUUGAACUGCAUAUACAACAAAACUGUUCAGAUAAACGUUGGAGCCAAGAACUGCCACGAUUCAAAGUAUGCUACUCUGCACAAGGUAAUAAUGAGAAGUUCAUAUGAAGAGGCCAAAAGAACAUCCCGUGUUUUUUAUACAUAUUCAUAUGAAUCAACUAGGGAUGUAAAUGAGUCAUUUAACAUAUCUAACGUUGCUAUAGAUGGUAUAAAUCAAACAUUCUCCGAUAAAGAUUUUCCAUUCACAAAUGUUAGGAAAUUCAAAGCAUAUGUUUCUCCAUGCGAUAACAAGAAACCCUUUCUUAUCUAUGAGGAACGUGAAAACCAAGAUAAUAAGUGGUAUGGGAGAAGGGAUAACAAUGGUAAUUGGGAUAAAUAUCCUCACUUAGGCAAAGAUCUACCUGAGCAGGUUUCACACAAGAUUGCUAGUGUCUUUGAUACAGUAAAUAGUAAUGGUUGGAUUAAGAAAUGCUACAUGAGAGAUUCAAAGUCAGGGGUUCAGCUCGACAUCACAACUAUGCCUAACCAAGGAGGGCAUACUACUUCUUAUGAUGAUGGAACAACAUCCAUAAUUGUGACUAAGACAGAGAAGUUUCCUGUGAAUGGAUUUUUUGGAAAUCUACAUAAACCUACUAAGGUACCAUUCAGAUUAAAACAAUGGUUGGGUGGUAACCAUAAUUUGGCGAAUCCAGUUCCAGAUGUAAGUGAAGUUACAGCAUACUUUUGGGAAGGUAACCUUAAUAGACCAGUUAUUAUUCAUGUUCAAAAAGGAACAGAAAAAAGAUAUUAUAGCAAAGGUAAUGGAGCAGGUUAUUCCUGGCUAUAUGAAAGAAACAAUGGUAAAGAUCUUUUAAAUCUUCUUGAUCAUUUCAAUUGUGAGAACAAUGAUGCGAUCCCUAUAGAGUUAACAAAACCGAAUGAUUUAUCAAACUUUAAUAAGGAUUCUUCCCUAAGAUGUAUAGGUCAUACGAGAAAUGUAAUCUCUGAACCGAAUCCCCAACCAUCUCUUCCAAAGGGUACGGAUUACCUUUUAGAGUCUUACAAGAUUACUGGAGGCAAAAAACAUAUAUCUAGAGUAACAUAUGGAGGAAUGGAUACUAACAUUCCUACUUAUACUGCUAACAUUUCUCAUCUUAGGAUUUAUAAAUGGACAGGUUCUGAUAAUCCUCUUCUCGUUGAGUUCAAGCCUACUACUGGAGAUUCUACUUGGUAUGAAAAUAUCAGUAAAAGAGAGCCAUAUACAGAAUGGAGAAAGAUUGAGGCAAUAGCCUCCAAAGACUUUUAUGAUUCAAAUAUAAACGGUCUAACUCAAAAGCUCACGGAAAAACUAGAUGAGAUAAAUUGCACAGUAAAUACUACAGUACAAAUUCAGCUGGAUAUUAUGGAAAGUCCUAAGACAUAUUGUCACAACCACCUACAUAAGAUUUUAGUUGCUCCAGAACCUUCUGGUAUUACAGAAUUUGAAGCGUUUUCUCAUACCCCUCGUUAUGGUUCCCACUUUCAUGUUUCCUCUUUUAAGCACGAUGAAAACAAGAUUACGGAUCAAAACGCCAACCUUAUAGGAAAUUUUAAGCAUGUAAAGAAAGUUAUAGUUUACUUUUCCAGAUGUUAUAAUAAACCUUUAUUAUUCUGCAUUAAUUAUAGUGACGGAAGAGAUCAUAAGUGGUACGGGAGAGUGGAUGAGAGUAAUAGCAAAGCAUGGGUCAUAGCAGAAAGGCUCGAUAACAAAGCUCCAAAUCAAGCUCAUCGAGGUGAAAUCAAGAAUGUAGGAACUAUCAAACACGACCAGAAUAUUAGCUGUAUAAGUGGGAUAGAAAAUGCAAGGAAUAAAAACGUAAAGAAAGAGCAUAAGAAGGCAGAAACUUCAAGACAACCUAGUUCAGAGCAAGUACAAGCACUUGGAGAAGUAGAUGCUUCUGAUGAAGAUGGAUCAGAUAGAGAUGAAGAAAAAAAGGACCUUGAAGGUGAACUUGGUGAUAUUUUGGAUCAGGAUAUAGAUGACUUAUUGAAUGAUGAAGAACCAGAAGAUGAAGAAGCGAAAGAAAUUACACAAGUUGUUCUUAGACCUGCUCCUGGUGGGAUAUUGGAUAAAGCUUUGCAAAAAAUAACUGCUCCACCUGGUGUUAUAAUAGACGUACAGAAAAAUGUUACUGGGCAAGGGGUUAGAUCUACUACAUAUGGAGGUACCCUGGGACAAGAUGUAAAUUUGGAAAAGUCUGAGAAUACCCCUUAUGGUUUUGCCAAGUUUAAGCAUACAAAGAAUAGUAGUGAUGGAAAAUCUUUCUCUAUUAGAGAAGUACAAUAUAACAAUCAAAGAAUCGAUGGUAUAAAAAUUGACCUCGGUACUAAAGUUAAGCACGUUUCUGUUUGGUACUGGACUGGGGAUGGUAAUAAUAGUCAGCCUCUUUUGGUAGAAAUUGAGAAGGAAGAUGAUGAAGUUGUUUACUAUGAAAGCACUGCAACUGGUGGAUUUAAUUGGGUUAAAUAUAAAGAAUAUAGUGCUUCACUCAAAUAUGAAGUUAUAGAGAAGGAACUAGAUUAUCUUAACUGUAAACACAAUAGUGUUGUUGUAAUGGAUCUAUCCCUGGACAAUUCUACAAGGCACACCAGUGGUAUAAAUAAUAGAUAUUGUUGUGGUAAAAAGCAUAGUAAUGGCCAAAGGGUCACUGUUGAUAAACAUAAAGUUUCUUGUAAAAAACAUCCUAAAUCAAACCACCUUAAAUACUACAAGCAUGAUUUUACCUUAGGAACUACGCUUUCAAAGAUUAAGUAUUACGAGAAUACUAGUGCUGACACUCCAAGGAAGAGAAUAGAGAUUUCUGGCCUUGACUUACCUACAAAACUGUCAGCAAAAGUUACAGUUUAUGCAUUCUAUUGUACAGGGAAUGACCCCAAAAUAAUCUACGUGGACUAUAGUGGUAGACAAGGUGUCAAUGGUUGGUACCAGAAAGGUGCUGGUGAUGAAUCUCAAUGGGUAAAUGUUUCUAGUAUGGUCAAGGACAUAAUACCUAAUAAUAUCAAGGACUGUGGUGACAUUGGCUUUAACCAACUUGUGACUGCACUAAAGAAUGCAGGCGGUUGUGACUAUUCAAAAUGUAAAGAGUCUACUCAAUCCUUAUAUACAGGUGCUGAGGAUAUUGAGGAAGAAAAAAAGAAAAGGGAUGUUGGUCCGUAUACUGUUGAUCGUGCUAGCGAAGCUAAAGAAGUAUUUAGUAAAGAACUAUUUAAUGAUAUAGCUACAACUGCUGCUUAUUACGGGCUAGGUGGACUAGAUACGGCUCUUCAACGAUUUAUAUCAUUUGUCAAAUCUAACAAAGAUACUCCUAAAAGUAGGGCUGAGAGAGAAUCUGGAAAAGGUGACGAAAAGAGUGUUCAAGAAGUUAAACAUACUCCUGUAGAUGAUGAUACUAGUAAAUUUUGCGGAGCUCCACAAUGUGGUACUGAAGAUAUAACUAAAGAAGGUGAAAAUGGUACUCCUACUGGUCUUUCUGUACCUCAAGGGCUUGAAGGAUCUGGUAAAGAUGCUCAAGAACAACAAUAUCCACGGACACGUUCUGAUUUUGAAGAUAGUAGAGAAAUACUACAAAGGCAAGGCAAAGCUGAGGAACGUAAGAGGGUAGAGGAAGUAUCUGAGAAAGAUAAUGUUCAACCUGCUCAUUCUCCUAUCGCUACUCCUUCUGCUUCUGAAACUCCUCAACCUGCUAAAAUUUUUGGUCUUGAACUUGCUUCUGCUGCUGGUAUAGGAUCAGCCUUCGGUGUCUCCUCUGGUACUCUUGCCGGAGCUGGCGCAACAUUUUUUGGAGGAUGGAAACUCUAUAACCGCUAUAAGGGAGAUCCUUGGGUUAGACAGAUUUGA